AUCGCCGCAUAUCCCUCGCCACUUCCCACUCUCUCAUUGCUAUCUUUUUGUUCCUUUUCCAAGGGAGAGUGUGAUCUGUUCUUCUUCACUCCAUUUCUUUAACCCAUGGCUCUUUCCGUCGAGAAAACCGCCGCCGGCCGUGAGUACAAGGUCAAGGACAUGUCUCAGGCUGACUUCGGUCGUCUCGAGAUCGAGUUGGCCGAGGUCGAAAUGCCCGGUCUCAUGGCUUGCCGAGCCGAGUUCGGCCCUGCCCAACCUUUCAAGGGAGCCAAAAUCACCGGUUCUCUUCACAUGACCAUCCAGACCGCCGUCCUCAUCGAAACCCUCACCGCCCUCGGAGCUGAAGUCCGUUGGUGCUCUUGCAAUAUCUUCUCUACCCAAGACCAUGCCGCCGCCGCCAUUGCCCGUGACUCGGCAGCCGUGUUCGCCUGGAAAGGUGAGACCCUCCAGGAAUACUGGUGGUGUACCGAGAGAGCCCUUGACUGGGGUCCCACCGGUGGACCUGAUCUGAUCGUGGAUGAUGGUGGUGAUGCUACUCUGUUGAUCCAUGAAGGAGUUAAAGCCGAGGAGGUUUAUGAGAAAACCGGGCAGCUCCCAGAUCCGUCUUCUACCGACAAUGCCGAGUUUCAGAUUGUUUUGACCAUAAUUAGAGAUGGGUUGAAGGCAGAUCCCAAGAAGUAUACAAGGAUGAAGGAGAGAUUAGUUGGUGUUUCUGAGGAAACUACAACCGGUGUUAAGAGGCUUUAUCAGAUGCAGGCCAAUGGAACCUUGUUGUUCCCUGCUAUUAAUGUCAAUGACUCUGUCACCAAGAGCAAGUUCGAUAACUUGUAUGGAUGCCGUCACUCUCUUCCCGAUGGGUUGAUGAGAGCUACCGAUGUCAUGAUUGCUGGUAAGGUCGCUGUUGUCUGUGGUUAUGGUGAUGUCGGCAAGGGUUGUGCUGCUGCCUUGAAGCAAGCCGGUGCUCGCGUCAUUGUCACCGAGAUCGAUCCCAUCUGUGCCCUUCAGGCUCUCAUGGAAGGACUUCAAGUUUUGACCCUUGGGGAUGUUGUCUCCGAGGCUGAUAUCUUUGUCACCACCACUGGUAACAAGGACAUCAUCAUGGUUAACCACAUGAGGAAGAUGAAGAACAAUGCCAUUGUUUGCAACAUCGGUCACUUCGACAAUGAAAUUGACAUGCUCGGUCUCGAGAAUUAUCCUGGUGUCAAGCGCAUUACCAUCAAGCCUCAAACCGAUAGGUGGGUCUUCCCUGAAACCAACACCGGCAUCAUUGUGUUGGCUGAAGGACGUCUCAUGAACUUGGGUUGUGCUACUGGCCACCCUAGCUUUGUCAUGUCAUGCUCUUUCACCAACCAGGUGAUCGCCCAGCUCGAGCUGUGGAAGGAGAAGGCAACCGGCAAGUACGAGAAGAAGGUGUACGUUUUGCCUAAGCACCUUGAUGAGAAGGUGGCUGCUCUUCACCUUGGAAAGCUUGGGGCUAACCUCACCAAGCUCACCAAGGAUCAGGCUGACUACAUUAGCGUCCCCAUUGAGGGUCCUUACAAGCCUCCUCACUACAGGUACUGAGGAGAGAAUACGAGAGAGAGAGAGGGAGAGAGUUGGACUAGAAAAAGGAACCAUACAACGGGAUGGUUUGAUUGUUUGUUUUUACUAAAAUUUAUUGAUGAUUUGUGGUUAGAUGGUUAGAUUUUGAUUUUGAUAGGAGUUUGCGUGUGGGAUGGAUGGUAAGUUUUGGUGGAAAAGAAAUGAGGUCUCUGCUUGAAGAAGACCAAAUGGGGUUUGAAUAAGGUGAUGGGGAUUGUGUGGGAGAUGAUAUUUUGCCAUUGGUGCAGUCCAGUUUUGCUGCAUCUGGUUUUCAAUUAAUUAAUCAAAAAAAAAGAUGAUUUUCACUUUC